AUGAACAUCUACUUCCAAGCUCUUCAACACUAUCAAACCCCAUCUUUUUCCCAUCCUAACCAAUCGCCGGAAACCUACUUCUCAUCGGAAAAUUACCACGACAACCACCCUACUACUGCACUUGAAGGCAUAGCCGCCGUCGUCGGAGAACAUGUUCUCUUCGGAAAAACCGCACCUUCAACAACAACCACACUCAUCGCAACAGAAAACGAAGACAACAAACAAUCAAAAUCACUCCGGUCUGACAAAAACGGUGGCGGUGCGGCGGAGAAGAGUUACAGAGGAGUGAGAAAGCGGCCAUGGGGACGGUGGUCGGCGGAGAUACGCGAUAGAAUCGGACGGUGCAGACACUGGUUAGGAACAUUUGACACGGCGGAAGAAGCAGCACGAGCAUAUGACGCCGCCGCAAGACGGCUGAGAGGAGCCAAAGCCAGGACCAACUUCGAGAUACCGUCGGUGUUUCCCCCAUCGGCGGCGGCGGCGGCAACGGUGGAAACCAAAAAGAAAGGUGGAAGUAGUAGUAAUAAAUGCCAUGUAGUGACUUCAGUGGAUCAACUCUUCAGCAAUUCAUCUCUGAUGAUGAUGAAGUCGAAGAUGAUGAAUGAUCAAGAAACUGUUAAUCAUCAUAACAAUGCCAUCAAUCAAGAACUUGAUUUGAAUCUCGGUGUUGGAUUCAACAAAAAGGCAAGAACUAGUUCUAUGUUGGGUUGA